CCCUCUGGUUGCAUGAUAUGAUUAAACUCGGUGGAACCUUGGAAUGUUCGAUUGCUAUGCAAAAGCUGAAGCCUUGUCGUCAUUUCCAGAUUCCUUGUAUGCGUCCCCAUGGGACGCUGAUCUAUCAAGCAUCAACAUCCUUGAAACCAACCUACAUUGUCCUGGCUACUGGCGAUAUGGACGGCCUUGAUGACUUUGAAAAAACCCUGGCAGCUGAAAAGGCCGAAAGAGAGCGCGACGCACGGAAUUUAGCUGAGAAAAGCCACCGCAAACAUCGUCACCACCAUCAUCAUAGACGCGACCAUUCUGCAGACAGAGCCCGCGAUCGUGAACGCGACCGCGACCGCGACCGUCGCGGACAUCAUCGCUCGCGUGGAGACGACGAAUAUGAAGAUGAUGGCCACAGACAUAAACGGUCGCGCCACUCGAGAGAUGAUGACCGGCACCAUCGAGAUCACCACAAGGAACGCCAUCGGCGAGACCAUCACGAUGAGCAAGAUGUGAGCCGUAAUACAAACAAGGAAACUCGGUUAAAAUCAACGGAUGCGAAACAAGAUCUACCGCUGCCAAAUGAAGAAUUAGCCGCUGAAGACUAUGAAAAGCCCGCUCGCUCGCCACCUCUAACAAGAGACUCGUGGAUGACAGCCCCCUCUGCCCUCGACAUUGACUACACACAAAAGGGUUCAAAACUAGUUAGACCACCACCACCCAAGGAGGAGCCAAAGAGAAUAAUACAUUCAAGGGAAUUAAAUGCCGCUCAUUUACAUGGCCUCAACGAUGGUAAAAUGGAAGAUGAACUUGAGUUACCUGCUCAGCAUGAGGUUAACUAUACCUUCGGGGACGGCGGGUCGCUAUCAAGGAUGACGAAAUUGAAGGGUAUUUACAACAUGGCGGAGAGCACUGGUCGUACUGUGGAAGAGGUUGCAUUAGACCGAUAUGGGAACCUACGCGAUUUUGACGAUGCUCGUGAGGAGAAGAUUGAGUUGGAUAGGCGCAGAGUCUAUGGGGAAGGGUAUGUGGGCAAAGAGAAGCCUAGCGGCGAGCUGUUUCAGGAACGAAAGCUACCCACGGGAGUUCGUGAGAAACGGCAAGCAUCCCUGCGACCUACGGAACUGGACCAGGGCACAGUUAUCCCUGAUGAUGCUACCUCCCACCAGCCGAUACAAGUAGAUCAGACAACUCUAAAUCGAUUAAAAGCCCAGAUGAUGAAGGCAAAAUUGAGAAAAUCGCCAGACGCCGCUAAACUCGAAGCUGAGUAUAACCAAGCUGCGGCCACAUUUGCAGCUAAGGGUCCUGAAGCAGUGGUUCUUAAUGUGAUGGAGAAUCGCAUGAUGGCAGGAACGCGGGCAGAGGCCAAGGCGGUGGACACCAAACGAGGCCGCGAAAGAGGACUGGUAGAGCAGAAUGACGACAUGACGAUAGACGACAUGGUUCGCGAAGAGAGGCGCACACGGGGACAAGCUGGAGGAGAAGGACUUCGACUUGCCGAACGUAUAGCCAAAGAUGGAAAAUUUGAUGACGAUCUCGAAUAUAUGGACGAGAAUGCAGAGAAGUUAGCAAGGCGCGUGGAGAGGUCAGAGCUCAACCUCAGGAACGCUGCUGUCAACGAAUACCAGAAGAUCAACAAGAUACUCGAUAACUGUCAACUUUGUCACCAUGAAGACCGAGACUUACCUCCUGUGGCACCCGUUAUCUCGCUAGCCACGCGUGUAUAUCUGACUUUACCUACAGAGCCAGAGUUGACCGAAGGCGGCGCCGUUAUCGUGCCCAUUCAGCACCGGACCAACUUACUCGAGUGUGAUGACGAUGAGUGGGAGGAGAUACGAAACUUCAUGAAGUGUCUGACUCGCUUAUAUCACGAUCAAGGAAGAGAGGUCGUGUUCUACGAGAACGCCGCGGCUCCACAGAGACAUAUGCACGCUGCCAUGCAAGCGGUGCCAAUCCCGUAUGAGCUAGGAGACACGGCACCUGCCUUCUUCAAGGAGGCGAUGCUCUCAGCGGAUGAAGAGUGGUCGCAGCACAAGAAAAUUAUUGACACGGGGGCACGAGCACGUGACGGACUCGGAAAAUUGGCAUUUAGGCGGUCUAUUGCGAAGGAGAUGCCCUAUUUUCACGCCUGGUUCACGUUGGACGGUGGACUGGGCCAUGUGGUGGAAGACUCCAAUAGAUGGCCGAGAGGUGAUCUGUUUGCUAGAGAAAUCUUGGGAGGCAUGGUAGACGCGGAGCCACACGUAAUCAAGAAACAAGGUCGGUGGCACAGGUCAGACAGUAGGGUUGAUGGAUUCAAGAGUCGUUGGAGGAAGUUUGACUGGACGCGAGUCCUUUCUGAUGGCUAACGGCUUGACUCUUAUUUCAUGGACCCAUUCGUGGCCAAAGACGUUACAAACUGAGCAGUCAUAGUCAGGAUGGUAAUUAGGCCGGUUACUCUGGACACAUGCGGUAAACCCAAAGUACACGUAUCACACAGACUGCCGCAACUGUAUAUUGAUGUGGCCUUGUUUUACAAGUGGCAAGGGUGAGACAGGAUUAGAUACGCUACAAGACAGAUCAAGGUAUACACCUCAAAUGGCUGAAUACAAGCCUGUUUGAAGUUGAAAACAUCCAUUACCUACAGCACUUAGUUCUUCCAAUGGUUAGUAACCUCAACUGAGUGCCCAGCGCUGGGUGUACAUACCGACAGGACGGGAGGCUGCACUGUACUACCUAUGUAUACCAAAAAGGGAACGUGGGGAGGUGGAAAGUAGACGUUGAUAGGCUGACAGAGCUGUAUCUUUUGGGUAAAGAGCGCCCGAGCGGACUAGGUACUUAAGUACAUGGCAGGUACUUACUCAGGUACUCACUCAGGUACAUGCAUGCACAGGCUGAGGAAGGUACGGUGCUAGAACAGGCUACCUUGCUGCAGAUGCCCCUCAUUGCGGGAGGUCACCCGGAUGGUCUGCUCAGGCAAGUC